GGCAGACAUUCCAUUCUCUCCUAUUAAUCCUUGGCAGAAAUCAAACAAACAAACAAGCUGAGAUGGUUCCUGAAAACAUUCCUGAAGUGAAGCGCAGGUUUGCCUCUAUGGAAGGUGAUGUAGUUGUGGAGGCCAAGUUUCCUAAAAGGCGGCGUAGGGAGCCGAAUUCUUCAGCAGCAGCGUCGAGCUGCAGCAAGGAAGGUGCCAAUCAAGCUACGUCGUCUACUGCUACUACGACGAGUACUACUACAACUGCUCCCAUUGUGAAGAGAAGCUCCAGGUUCAGGGGAGUUAGCAGGCAUAGAUGGACUGGAAGAUAUGAAGCUCAUUUGUGGGACAAGGGAUCCUGGAACCCAACCCAGAAGAAGAAAGGGAAGCAAGGUGCUUAUGAUGAAGAGGAAUCUGCUGCUAGAGCUUAUGAUCUGGCUGCUCUCAAGUACUGGGGAAUGUCAGCCUUCACAAAUUUUCCUGUUUUGGACUAUGAAAAUGAACUUGAAAUCAUGAAGAAUGUGACAAAAGAGGAGUACCUUGCUUCACUGAGAAGAAGAAGCAGUGGAUUCUCAAGAGGUGUGUCUAAAUACAGAGGAGUUGCAAGGCACCAUCACAAUGGAAGAUGGGAAGCAAGGAUAGGGAGAGUGUUUGGGAACAAGUACUUGUACCUUGGGACCUACAGUACCCAAGAGGAGGCAGCUAGAGCCUAUGACAUAGCAGCAAUCGAAUACCGUGGUAUCAAUGCUGUGACGAAUUUCGAUCUCAGCACAUACAUCAGGUGGCUGAAACCGGAAUCCGAUACCCCUUCUUCCAUUGAUGUUACACAAAACCAUGACUCCAAACUGGAUCUUGAAAGCUUCCCACUGACUACAGCAGCUGCUGCUGCUUCUUCUUGUCCUUCCAUGGCCUACUUCCAAACUGACAAAACAGCAACAACAACAACAACAAUGUCACCACAAAACCACCACCUCCCACUUCUACAUUCCAGCCUUAGAAUACUAGACAAUCUGAACGAGAACCCACUGGAGCAUGAACUCUUCCAGACGAGACCAUCAGGCAUGUUCUCCCCUCCAAGUGGCAACAAGAACACUUGUCUGUCGUCUUCGUCGUCAUCUUCAUCACUAGCAUCAUCGACCACUACUUCCCCAUCGGCACUCGGCCUCCUGCUCAAGUCAUCAGUGUUCAAACAACUUGUGGAGAAGAACUUGAACACUAGUAGCAGCAUCAGUGGUGGUAGUAGUAGUAGUAAUAACAACAAUCAUCAAGAGACUGAAGACCACCAUGUGUCAACUGAGCUAAGGAACUUCCAGCUCUCCUCAGUGGUUGGGACACACAAAGAGGAAGUGAUUGAUCAGGAGGCAGCAGAGAUGUACUGCAAUGGAAUCAGCCAAGGCCAGAGCUCCUUCAUGAUGUACACAUCAGGGAAUGGCAGUGGCAAGGAGGCGACCGGUUUGUCGAAUUUGGAGUGGAAGGAGGAAGAGAGUUUGUUGCCAUUGUUCAACAACUCAUCAGCAGGAGGGCAGUCCUUCUGGGAUGGAUCACUAACCCUCCCAUCUCCUUUCCAUUGAGUUAUUUUUGUUUUUGGUAGCCGUUUAAUUACUGCCACUUUUUUCACUAACCAUAUUUGAGAAGCUCUUUUGCUGUCUGUACCUUUUACUGCUUUUGAAGUUGAGGAAUUAAAACAAAGUACCAUCCAUUUUGUGUAUAAUAUGCACACUCUUGUGACUUGUAUCAAGAAGCAACGAUGAAGGUGAUUUGAUGUACUUGUAUAUUGCAGUCGUGAGAGAUGAAAAGGCUGGAAAAGCCAAGUUUUUGGCCAUGUAACCUGACAGUCCGGUCAUAAAACUGACCUACCUGUGUUCGUUGUUAUUUCUGCUUUCAUUAAGAAAGGUUAAAUGAUUUUAACUAACUUACCGAAUUAGUGUUGUCAUCAAAUUGUUGUCUACCCAAAUAUAUUAAUCUAAAAAUUCAGAUUAGGUGAACAUCUGGGGAUGGGAUUAGGUGCUAACUCUUAUAGGGGUUAGCACCGUGAUAACUAGCAAAAAUCACUACAGAUUAUUAUAAAAUCAAUACAAUAUCUAAGCUAAAUCACUACUAAUUCAAACUAGUAGUAGUUUUUCCCUUGGUUAGGACGGUGCUAACUAUUGUACAAUUAGCACCGUAACCCCUCCCGAACAUCUGGAUAGGUUCUAUUAUGUAUUUUUUUUCUUGCUUGAUAUGAGAUGGACACAGUUUGUCUCAUUGUUGAUUUUAAUUGAGAAAUUUUAAAUUCGAAUUUUCCUACCUCUUCUUCUUGCAUAUUUUGCUUUUGUCCUCCUGACUAAAUUGCUGGUAGGAAUCUGGCAAAUCACCUCCAAUAAUCCCUCCAAUUAAAAUUUGAAAGCAACAAUCUUUUAAAUUUUUGUGUUUGUAUAUUUGAGAAUGACACGAGAAUAAAAAAAGAAGAAUGUUAGAAAGAAGUCUAGCAGCCAUGAAAUUUUUUAUUGUGAAAAAAUUAUAGUUAAUUCUGAAGGGUUGCAUCGUUUCACAAAAAUCAAAUAAUUAAUAACUUAUUCAAAAUGAAUCAUCACAAAAUAAUUUCGAAAAUUAAGAAUUAAUUAUGAAGCAACAAAAAAAAUCAAUUCUCUGUGCCAACUGCAAGUGCUAAGUGUGUGGUGUGAUUUAGUAGUUGGUAUUAGCUCCUGGCUUACAUUUUCAUAAACCAAAAAUAAAGCCACAAGUGAAUGACCGACAAAUUUUUGAAGAAUGUGUUUAAGACUACAAGAUUGCAAUCAUAUAAAAUAAUUUAAAUAUUUAAUAGCCAAUCCUAAUACUGUAGAUAAUUAAAUAAAUCUUAAUAAAACAAACCUCACCCGGCCUUCAGUAUUAUAUAUACUAGAUGGUUCAUCACAACCCAACCAUGUCUAAACCCGUACUCAAACAACUAGCAUAAACCCUGCCCUUUGGGCUGGUAGUAUUUCUUUAACAAUGUAAUCUAUGAAUAUAUGUAACAUUACAAAAAUUGAUUUGAUUAUAACAAUAUUUUAGUUCAAAAUACUAAAAAUGUUAAAAAAACUAUUCAAUUGAAGUCAAGACUAAAACCUUCUCAUAUAUUCUUAUUCGUAUGCUUAUUUUAAAGAGGUUUAUUGCGUCUAGAUCAAAAUUAUAACAUUUUAGGUGUAUUUGAGAUCAAUAAUAUUUAUAUAAUAAAAUGUUAUGUUUUCA